AUGCCCCUCCUUCGCGCGGGCUCCCCCGCACUGAUCGUGUGCCUGCUGCUGGUGCUACUGCCCCGAGUUCAUGCUUUCGGAGCCGGAAACAUCGCCUCUAUCUCUGCCAUUGAGGGCAAGAACUGGCGCCAUGGCGACAUCGAGGAUAUGCUCAAAACGAUCGCGUUCAUCGCCGGCCACAAAUGGACCUCCACGAUGGUCAAGCGCGUGUACUUUGGAAACUGGCUGCGAGAUUAUUCGCAGGCUAUGGAUGUUGGGACGCUGAAAAAUCUCCAGGCUGACACGAUCCGCGUCCUCGUGUGGGUCCUCUCGUUCCUGACUUUUGGAUACGCGACCGGCGAGUUCGAAGUCACCUCCGAACGGUUGGGUGUCUAUCGUCCCGAGGAGCAUAUUGAUAAUCCUAAGGACUAUGCUGACAAUGAAGAUGCGCGUCAGUAUGACGGGCGCCUGCGAGGCCUGGUUCGCCAGAUCGAGCUUGAUAUUGAUCCGGAUACUGGAAUGAAGAACUAUAUCGCAAAUGAGCGAGGUGACUGGGCGACCAGCUCCGCUUAUGUGAAGUUCAGUCUGAGCCGCAGCAUCCACUACGGGCGCAUGUACACGCACGGCGGCGAGCGAAAGGGCAAAGAAGAGGAUCUGUGCGAGGCGCUUCGGUGCUUAGGUCAAGGUCUACAUACUCUUGAGGACUUUGCGGCGCAUUCCAACUACAUUGAGCUCGCGUUGCGGGAAAUGGGAUUCCACAACGUUUUCCCCCACACGGGGACGGCCACCCAGUGCAUUGUUCGCGGGCAUCAUGUCUUCCCACUGGUGACUGGAACCUUUGGCAUGGUCGACUUCUUCCACUCGGUCCUUGGUGAAGCCACCGAUCAUUUCACUCAGUCCGAAGUCAACGAGAUGGACCUAGCACUUGGGGAUGCGGAGAACAAUUCCCAAUCUAACAACUCCCUGAACGCCCUCACUGGGCUGUUGGGCAAGAUUCCUGGUACUCGGGACCUGGUCGCCGAGGCUGAACAUCUGAAGCAGCAAUCGGAGGCACAAGAGAGGAGCAAUUACGCUCGAGGCUCCCACAUGGGAUACGUGCAGACGGGUAAUUUCGAGCAAAGCCGUGCAUCGAACCCAAGCCAGCCUUCCACUAGCGGUGCCACACCUGGUCCUGGCCUUCAGGGCAUGCCUGAUUUCAACCCUCAAGAAACAGUGUCUAAGAUCUAUCCCAUCCUAGCCUUUCGUGACAAGGUGGUUCGGAAGCUGAACUCGAUUAUCGAGAAGGUUCCGGGCCUGGAGACAAUCAUUGAGAAGAUAUCGGAGACUCUGACUGUCUUCAUCAUGUCCCUACUUGCGCCGUUCAUCCGCCCUCUUAUUAAUGCCGCCUCCAAGUCUCUGCAUACCGGGUCCUCGGGUGUCAUUGCCGCCUCCAGCAAGCACCAGUACGAGCCAUGGACCGAUCUUCACUGCACCGAUCCUACCCACUCCCUUCUCUCCAAGGACCACUUCGCCAAUGUUCUAAAUGAGCCAGCUGGGCAAGUCGCUUCUGUCAUUCUGAAGUACAUCGCUCCUCGCGUGCUGUACGCUUGGCAACACAUUGAUGUCCCCGAGCACGAGGUUUUAGAGGAUUGCGUCCGCAUUUUCCACCACCCUGCUCUUCGGGACAUGAAUAAUGAAGCUCACCGGACAAUGUUCGAGGCUGUUGGAAACUGGGUUCACUCCCGUGAAGACCGUGGCGCGCAUCUGAACGACAUUCUCAGCUCUGAGGGCGUCAGGACCGGUCGUAACACAGGUGGCGUCCCACAUACACACGGCGGUGGUCAGGGCGGGUUUGCUGCGCUGGGCGGCGCAGCUCAUGGUCAAACACAUGGGCAGGCUCAUGGCCAUAGUUUUCCUACCGGUGGUAUUCAGUCAUUCUUCUCGCAGUCGCAGUCACAGCAUCAGCAGCCGUCCGGUGCUCAUGGUCACAGUUCAUCUGGCCUGCCUUGGGACAAGCUCUCCAAGCUACCUAUCCCUGGCAUGUCGAACCUGAACAAGCUCGAGAGCUCAAUUUCGAACUUCAUCCCUGGUGGUCUGUCGCAUGGUUCAAAGAGAGACAUCAGGGAUGACGAAGCAGGCAAUCGAAAUGAGCAUGACAACGCGUCUUAUCAGCAGCAGGGGUAUUCGCAGCAUCCUGGCCAGGAGGGGCAUGGUCAGAGUGGAUAUGGUUAUUAG